UGUGUCUCUAUGGCUCCCAACGUGCCUCAAUGGGUCCCAAUGGCUCUCAACGUGUCUCUAUGGAUCCCAAUGUGUCUCUACGGGUCCCAAAGUGUCUCUAUGGGUCCCAGUGGGUCUCAACGUGUCUCUAUGGGUCCCAAUGUGUCUCUAUGGGUCUCAACGUGCCUCUAUGGGUCCCAGUGUGUCUCUAUGGGUCUCAACGUGCCUCUAUGGGUCUCAACGUGUCUCUAUGGGUCUCAGUAUAUCUCUAUGCGUCCCAACGUGUCUCUAUGGGUCCCAACGUGUCUCUAUGGGUCUCAACGUGUCUCUAUGGGUCCCAACGUGUCUCUAUGGGUCCCAAUUUGUCUCUAUGCGUCCCAACGUGUCUCUAUGGGUCCCAACGUGUCUCUAUGGGUCCCAAUGUGUCUCUAUGGGUCCCAACGUGUCUCUAUGGGUCCCAACGUGUCUCUAUGGGUCCCAACGUGCCUCAAUGGGUCCCAGUGUGUCUCUAUGGCUCCCAACGUGCCUCAAUGGGUCCCAAUGGCUCUCAGCGUGUCUCUAUGGGUCCCAAUGUGUCUCUUUGGUUCCAACAUGUCUCUAUGGGUCUCAACGUGUCUCUAUGCGUCUCAACGUGUCUCUAUGGGCCUCAACGUGUCUCUAUGUGUCCCAACGUGUCUCUAUGGGUCCCAAUGUGUCUCUAUGGCUCCCAACGUGCCUCAAUGGGUCCCAAUGGGUCACAAUGUGUCUCUAUGGAUCUCAACGUGUCUCUAUGGGUCCCAAUGUGUCUCUAUGGGUCCCAACGUGUCUCUAUGGGUCCCAAUGUUUCUCUUUGGUUCCAACGUGUCUCUAUGGGUCUCAAUGUGUCUCUAUGGGUCCCAAUGUGUCUCUAUGGCUCCCAACGUGCCUCAAUGGGUCCCAAUGGCUCUCAACGUGUCUCUAUGGAUCCCAAUGUGUCUCUAUGGGUCCCAAAGUGUCUCUAUGGGUCCCAGUGGGUCUCAACGUGUCUCUAUGGGUCCCAGUGUGUCCCUAUGGGUCUCAACGUGCCUCUAUGCGUCCCAACGUGUCUCUAUGGGUCCCAACGUGUCUCUAUGGGUCUCAACGUGUCUCUAUGGGUCCCAACGUGUCUCUAUGAGU